CAAGGCGGCCCAGGGCUCCCCAGGUGCCCCGUCUUCUCCAUCCCCCGGUGCACGCGCCCGUGUCAGGAGCUCUCCUCGCCGGCCUCGCUCAGCCACCAUGUCCAGGCAGUCCAGCAUCACUUUCCAGACUGGCAGCCGCAGGAGCUUCAGCACGGCCUCGGCCACCACCCCAGCGGCCGGCCGCUCCCGCUUCAGCUCCGUCUCCGUGGCCCGCUCCACAGGAGGCGGUGCGGGGCUGGGCAGGAUGAGCAGCGCUGGGGCGGGCUUCGGGAGCCGCAGCCUCUACAACCUGGGGGGCACCAGGCGGGUCUCCAUCGGGGGGUGCGGCGGCAGCUUCCGAAGUGGCUUUGGUGGCAGGGCCAGCAGCGGGUUCAGGGUCAGCAGUGGAUUUGGCUAUGGGGGCACAGGCGGAGGAGGCUACGGGGCCUCGGGCUUCCCUGUGUGCCCCCCUGGAGGCAUCCAAGAGGUCACUGUCAACCAGAGUCUCCUGACUCCCCUCAACCUGCAAAUCGACCCCACCAUCCAGCGAGUGCGGAAAGAGGAGCGGGAGCAGAUCAAGACCCUCAACAACAAGUUUGCCUCAUUCAUCGACAAGGUGAGGUUCCUGGAGCAGCAGAACAAGGUCUUAGAGACCAAGUGGGAGCUCCUUCAGGAGCAGGGCUCCAAGACGGUGAGGCAGAACCUGGAGCCUUUCUUUGACACCUAUAUCAAUGACCUCCGCCGGCAGCUGGACAGCGUCACCACAGAGAGGGGCAGGCUGGACGCUGAGUUGAGGAACAUGCAGGACGUCGUGGAAGAUUUCAAAGUUAGGUACGAAGAUGAAAUUAACAAGCGCACCACUGCCGAGAAUGAGUUUGUGGCCCUGAAGAAGGAUGUGGAUUCGGCCUACAUGAACAAGGUGGAACUGGAGGCCAAGGUCAACUCUCUGACUGAUGAGAUCAACUUCUUCCGGAUGGUCUUUGAGGCCGAGCUGUCCCAGAUGCAGAGCCAUGUCAGUGACACGUCCGUGGUGUUGUCCAUGGACAACAACCGCAGCCUGGACCUGGACAGCAUCAUCGCCGAGGUCAAGGCCCAGUAUGAGGACAUCGCCAACCGCAGCCGGGCCGAGGCCGAGUCCUGGUACCAGACCAAGUACGAGGAGCUGCAGGUCACAGCCGGCCGGCACGGGGAUGAUCUCCGAAACACCAAGCAAGAGAUCUCUGAGAUGAACCGGGUGAUCCAGAGGCUGAGAGCCGAGAUCGACAGUGUCAAGAAGCAGUGUUCCAGUCUGCAAACGGCCAUCGCUGACGCAGAACAACGUGGAGAGCUGGCCCUCAAGGAUGCACGGGCCAAGCUAGUGGACCUGGAGGAGGCCCUGCAGAAGGCCAAGCAGGACAUGGCCCGGCUGCUUCGCGAGUACCAGGAGCUCAUGAAUGUCAAGCUGGCCCUGGAUGUGGAGAUCGCCACCUACCGCAAGCUGCUGGAGGGCGAGGAGUGCAGGCUGAGCGGAGAGGGCGUUUCUCCAGUUAACAUCUCUGUGGUCACCUCCACCGUUUCCAGUGGCUACGGCGGUGGAAGCAGCAUUGGAGGCGGAAGCCUUGGUCUCGGCGGGGGCAGCGGCUACUCCUUCACCACCAGUGCUGGGCACAGCCUGGGUGUGGGCCUGGGCAGCUCCGGCUUCAGCGCCAGUAGCAGCCGGGGCCUCGGGGGCAGUGGCUCCGGUGUCAAGUUUGUCUCCACCACAUCCUCCAGCCGGAAGAGCUACAGGCAUUAAGUGCAGCCAGCCCGCUCCCCGACCCUUGCCCUGAAGCCUGCCCGCUUGCUGACCUGGCCUGUCUACACUCGCAGACAGGAUACCUGGGUCCUUCUCCUUCUUCUCCCCUGGCCCACGUGUGCUGCCGGGAAGGAAGCCUGGCGUCCUGGCUAAACCCCAUUCCCCAGCUUAAGCCAGCCUCCGCCCUCCUGACAGUCCCCAGAGUGCUCUCCCACCCUCUCUGUGCCGAUGCCCACCCUCUUUCAAGAUUCACAUUGGGCUUAUCUUGUGGAGACCCUCCCUUUAGCUCCUCCUUCUUCCUCCCCACCUUCUGGAUGCAGAGAUGGGAAGUGGGUGUUUUCCAGGCCGUCUCAAUGCCAGGUUGGCAGCCCCCCCAUCUCACGGUGCUCAUAAGCUGCCUGCUGGGAGUGCGGGCUCUCUCUCUUCCCUCCCUGGGAUGCAUCUAUUAAAUGCAUGUGUAAUGUG